UGCUUGCUCUAGCCUAGCAGGCCUUUCUGGGUCAUCAUCUUGGGAGGUCACUGACAGGGUGCAGAGGCCACUAACUCUUCCAACACAUCGCUUGCUUGGCCUCCUUUGUCCCUAAAAGACCAUAGGCAUAGACACUGAGUUUUGUUAUUGUUUGUUUUGUGACAGGCUCUUGAUGACCAGGUUCAACUGGCAAAAUGUAUAAUUACCUUUUGAGAAGAGAGUUGCUGUGAGGAUUUUUCUACAUCAGCUUGACCUACGGGCUUGUCUAUGGGGAAUUUUCUUGACUACCUCAAGUGGUAUAGGAAGUCACAGCUUGAAAGAGGGCAGCACCAAUCCUGGGUUUAGGUCUUGGGGUGUAGGAAAGAAGGAAAAGCUACUUGGACACUCUCCAACCCUGUAUUCAUUUCUCCCUGCUUGUCCCAAGCUCCUGCAGGAUCCUGCAGGAUCCUGGAGGAUCACUGCUUAGCAAUGAUGGGCCACGGAUAAAUCCUUUCCCACUUAAGGUUGCUUUUGUUAGGGUAUUUAUCACAGCAACAGAAAGAAAACCAGAAAAAGUCUUGCUCAUCUGGCUUUGACCUUACUUACUAGGUAUAGUUAUGUCUAUUAGAGGUAUAGCUAUGCAUAUUACUAUGAAUAGCUAUGUACAUUAGAAGACAGCUUUGAAUUUCUGAUCCAACUACCUCCACCCCCACCCCCAGCCAACUGCUGGGAUUGCAACCAUAUACACACCAGCAUACGAGACUGAUAUGCUAGGUGAACCCUCAACCGUCUGACCUUUGUUCCAACCUUAAGGAUGCUAUCUCAAGUUUCUGUUUGACUCCCACCAACAGCCACAGCUUUAGAGUAAUCACAUUAUGCUCUUAAAAUAGCCAAUUAUUUUUACUUAAGACUUUUUCAUACAAUAUACUUUGAUAUACUUUUUAUUAUUUGUUUGUUUGUUUGUUUGCUUGCUUCUGAGGCAGGGUUUUUCUGUGGUCCCAGCUGUCUUGGAGCUGACUGUGUAGGUCAGGCUGGCUUCAAAACUGCCUCUGCUUCCUGAGUGCUGGGAUUAAAGAAAGGUGUAUGCUACCACAUCCAACUUGAUAUGCUUUUUUAAAGUAUGAGACUGGGGCCUGCAAGAUGGUUCACUGGGUCAAAACAGUUGGCACCAAGCCUGAAGAUCUGAAUUCCCUAGCUCUGAGUUCCAUCCCUGGAAUCCACACGGUGGACAGGAACAACUGACUUCCUUUAGUUUUUCUCUGACCUCCUCAUGAUCUCUCUCUCUCUCUCUCUCUCUCUCUCUCUCUCACACACACACACACACACGCACACGCACACGCACACGCACACACACACGUAAAAGUAAUUUAAAGAAUGAGAUUGAAAAUGGAAUGGGGAUGUUGGAGGAGGGUGAAGAGAAUUUCACGUAAGUGCCGUUUUCCUUUACCCAAGGGUAAAUGAGAGUAGCUGCGGGGUGGGGUGCCUGCCUAUCCUGGACAAGACCCCUGCCUUCAUCCCCAGCACCACAAGAAACAAAGUUGCAACAAUAAAACCUCAGGUUUAAACUGGAAGAGGAUAGUAGACUAUUAGAAACCAAAAGGAGGUGGAGCACCUGAAGUUAGACAUGGCAAGCAGGUUGGAAACUGUCCCUCUUCUAGAUCUCUGUCCAACAGCUUCAGCCUGGAGUUGUUAGCAUAAAACUAAGGGAUAAACUGCAAGGUCCAAGAAACCCUCCCUAUGAGUUGGGCACCAAGCAGCUGGGAUGGAGCACAGAGCACUGAGCACCUAGCACCUAACAGCUGGGGAGCAGAACUUUCUGUUUCAUGCACUCCAAUAUUUGGGACUCUUACUCUGGAUACAGGUAGAAUCAGGGCUCCAGGAAACCACAAUGCCUUUGGCUGGUAGCCCAACAAUGUCUCAGUGUCUAACAGAACCAACAAGUCCACUUGAGGGAUCUGCGGAGGUGGUAGCUAUGGAAUUCCAACAGGAUGUUAACAACUUUUCCCUGAGGCGACCGCUGCUAGCUUUCUCUCCGCCCCUCGGAGGUGGGAGACCGCUAGUACUGCGCUACAGCUACAGCUCCUAUUGGUGGAGGCUCCAAAACUCCUCCGCCCAUUUCAGCCCACACGAGGAGCCCUUUGGUUCCAGCAACCAUUCAGGGAAGGUCUCUAUUGAGCCCAGGCACCAGUCCCCAAUCCUCUGCAGUCGGUUUGAUGCGCUGGGCAAAGCUGGACUAAGGAGUCUCAUCUGGAAAAGAGGGUCCACGAAAAAGGCCAAAAGAAGCGCCAAAAGGAGGCUGCAGUUUGGAAAAGGGACAAGGGUGGCGCGGUUUGGACAUCUUUUUGCGUUGCUGGGCGCGCGGAGUGCCUCUCUUGCUUCUCUUGCUUCGCCACCUAUCCACAGUUCAUGCAACCACGGGCACAUCUCCUGCCCCAGAGCCCAAGUCCCUGAAUAAUGGAAGUUUCUAACCUCUCAGGCGCCACUCCCGGCCUUGCCUUUCCUCCGGGACCCGAGAGCUGCAGUGACAGCCCAAGUUCCGGCAGGAGCAUGGGAUCCACCCCAGGUGGGCUCAUCUUGCCUGGCCGCGAGCCGCCCUUCUCUGCUUUCACCGUGCUUGUGGUGACUCUACUGGUGUUGCUGAUCGUUGCCACUUUCUUAUGGAAUCUGCUAGUUCUGGUGACUAUCCUGCGUGUCCGCGCCUUCCACCGCGUGCCACAUAACUUGGUGGCCUCGACAGCCGUCUCGGAUGUCCUGGUGGCGGCUCUGGUGAUGCCUCUGAGCCUGGUGAGCGAGUUGUCCGUUGGGCGACGUUGGCAGCUAGGCAGGAGUCUGUGCCACGUGUGGAUCUCCUUCGACGUGUUGUGCUGCACCGCCAGCAUCUGGAACGUGGCGGCCAUCGCCCUGGAUCGCUACUGGACUAUCACGCGCCACCUGCAGUACACGCUGCGCACCCGGAGCCGUGCUUCUGCGCUCAUGAUCGCGAUCACCUGGGCACUGUCCGCGCUCAUUGCUCUCGCCCCGCUGCUUUUUGGCUGGGGCGAAGCCUAUGAUGCUCGGCUGCAGCGUUGCCAGGUGAGCCAGGAGCCCUCCUAUGCUGUCUUCUCCACCUGCGGAGCCUUCUACCUGCCUCUGGCGGUGGUGCUCUUCGUCUACUGGAAAAUAUACAAAGCCGCCAAAUUUCGAUUCGGCCGCAGACGGCGGGCGGUGGUACCGCUUCCUGCCACCACGCAGGUUUGGUUUUGCAUUGCUGCGGAUCAAGCCCAGGACCCUGUACAUGCCAGGCAAGCACACUGCCACUUAGUGUCAUCCCACGCCUUUACCAUUUGCUUCAGACAGCCCAUUUAGACAGCAGAUAUGAAGAGAUGGCUUAUCAGAAGUAGUCUGUGAUGGGGAGAGAGAA